CUGUAGUGUCAUAUAUUUAUUAAGAUAACCUUUAGACUUUUAUCAAAAUCGCCAGUGUCUUGUUUUUGAUCCUAGUUCUUCAUCUCCACUACAGUCACAUUGGAAGGAGUUAACAAGUGUCAACACAGGCUCUUGACAUGAUUUUGUACGAUUUGCAGAUAGAAGCCGGUGGAGGAGAAGGCCCGGGGCCCCCAAGCAACAACAACUCCGAUGGGGCAAUCGCCAGUCCCCCGAGAGAUGACAAUCACAACGCGCAGUUGCCCUCGCCUAGAGCCACGCCGCUUACACCUUCAGAAGCGUUGAAGGCAUUCGGCGAGCGCCUUACUGAUUGGGAGAGAAACGAGAUACGCAAAUAUCCAGAAAUAUGGUUUCUUGGCCUUGAAUCGAAUAAGAUUCAUGCGCGCUCAAAUCUGCCUAACAAUUGUGGAUUUGACGAUGAGAACGGCAGUUAUAACAAGCAAAUUCACGAUCACAUAGCCUACCGCUAUGAAAUCCUGGAGGUGAUCGGAAAGGGAUCUUUUGGCCAGGUGAUAAGAGCGUUUGACCAUCGCUCAGGGUCACAAGUUGCUAUUAAGAUUAUCAGGAAUAAGAAACGGUUUCAUCACCAGGCCCUUGUUGAGGUUCGAGUCCUGGAUCACCUGCGACUUAAGGACAAGGACCAAGCUCAUAACGUGAUCCAUAUGCUGGAUUACUUCUACUUUAGAAAUCACUUAUGUAUCAGCUUUGAGCUUAUGAGUAUAAACCUGUACGAGUUGAUUAAGAAAAACAAUUACCAGGGCUUCAGUCUCAGUUUGAUCAGAAGAUUUGCCAGCUCGCUACUCCGCUGUCUAAGGCUACUGGAAGCUGAAAACAUUAUACAUUGCGACCUUAAACCAGAGAACAUACUCCUGAAAGCACGUGGCAGUUCCUCAAUCAAAGUAAUUGACUUCGGUAGCUCGUGUUACACACAUGCGAGAGUCUACACAUAUAUUCAGUCCAGGUUCUACCGCAGCCCGGAAGUCAUACUGGGACUUCAGUACGGGACGCCCAUUGAUAUGUGGAGUAUGGGAUGUAUCCUUGCGGAGCUUCAUACCGGAUAUCCUCUCUUUCCGGGAGAAAAUGAAGCGGAGCAACUUGCUUGCAUCAUGGAGUUGCUGGGUCCACCGCCACCGGACCUCCUAUUACACGCUACAAGGAAGAGAUUAUUUUUUGAUUCUAAAGGAUCACCGCGCAGUGUGACUAACUCAAAGGGUAGGAAACGUCGACCUGGGUCGAGGGCUCUGUCAACAGCUGUGCGGAGUGACGACCCAGCAUUCUUGCAUCUGCUCCACCGAUGUUUAGAAUGGGAUCCAAAACGACGCAUCACGCCAACCGAAGCCUCCCGACACGAAUUUGUUACUGGAUGUCCUCUGGGUGCUUCUUCGACCCUUCUUGCGUUACCACGGCUACCUCCACCAAGGCCUACUAGGAGUGCCCUUCUCCACUCCCAGUCAGCAGGGGACGUAGCAGCCAUGCUGGGACGGGCGUGACCAGGGGAUAGAAUGGCUUCCAGUGGCCUGCCGUAGACACGCAACAAUUAUAAUAAGGGCAACUGAACAAGCUUUUUUGUCCCGCAACAUUUAUUUAGUAAGAACAUGUUAUUCUUUCAUCUGAUACAAGGAUUCAUCGGUUGGGUUAUAGAUAAACUUCUUCAAUUAUUGGUGUUAUAAUUACUAGUCUGUCGUGCAUUUAUGAUUUAUAUAUUAACGAUGAAUGUAUUGAUAUAAUACCCUAUAAUGGGUGGAUUCGACCAUACAAGAGUAAAUCUUAAUCUUAGAAUUAAUCGUCAGUUAUUCGAGUGUCAAAUCAAUUUUAAAUCCAAUCCAGUCCAAUCUAAUGUCAGUCGUUUCACAAAUAUGUAUUCUGUGUUUUAAUUUCUAGUCAACGCAACGUACUAAAUUAAUAGUCUGGCAUUUUAUAAUUCAACGUUUAAACAAUAAUUAAAUAAAUAACAAUUGAUUGGUGAUAGUGAUAGUGAUGAGAAAAUUAUAAUUUUCUAUCUAUCUAGGUAUACCUAGACGUCCAAGAUGGUUAAAAUAAAGAAAUACUUAUUUUAAUGUUAUGAUGACCAUGUAUAAAGUUAAAACCACACGACAAAAAUCGAUAAUUCCCUAAAAUAAAGAACAAUUACAAUUUUUUGAUGUCGUUUGUCACCUGCCUAAAGCAUCUUUUCCACACUAUAAUACGGCAAAAUUGAGUUGACAUGAUGUAUGUCUCUUACACUGUCCAGUUGUUGAGCAACAUUUAUUUGCCGAGUUUUAUUUUCCUUCACCAUUCUCUCUGCUAUUACUAGCGCAAGUAUACUAUCGAUUACGUGGAAAAACUACUAUGGAUUUACUCGACAUCAAAAUCAUGGAAUAGAUUAUUCCUGGUAUAGUUACUCGUGUAUAAAUUUAAGCUUGGUUGAAUCGACCCUAAUACGAGUGCAUUAAAACUAGAAUAACAGACAGAUAUGCUUUGAGACGAAUUUUUUUAGACAUUGCAUUUGACCAUCGCAAUUUUUAUGAAAAUGUAUUACUCGUAGCAAUUGCUGAUCCAGUGAUUAAAUUAAGACUUCUGAACAUUACAAUGUAGCUCCUUAGUCUUCAAAACAUUUAAACUGUGAGUUAUUUGUGAUAGAAGUUUGUAGGAUAAGUGUAACGUGGCCUAUAUGUUGAGAGAUACUGUCUAUAGAGUUUUGUAUCAAUGAUAGCAUAUCCCUAGAUAUUUAACGUUUAUACCUUCGUCAUCAUAGAUAUAGUUAAUAGAUUUUCUUCUGAGAAUAUAAAAAUCUUAGCUUUUUAACGAAAAGUCUCGGAAAAUCGUGUUGCAUUUUGCGUAAUGCAAUUUUUAUUUCUUAAAAUGACUACCCGCAUUAUAAUAGCCCUUAAUUCGAA